GCUCAUACGGGGAGGUCGCCAGGAGGCUGGAGUUGCUAGUUGGAGCUACAAGGUUUUGGAAAACGCCGCAAAACCUGCUUUACACCUUCUGCCAUGGACGGGAUAUAAUGUUUUCACGACGAAUGGAGCUAUUCUUCAGCAUGAUCGGCUUUGGGUACCAGUGAAACUUGGUUGACAUGGUGAAUUGAGAUGAAAUCGAAGUUCCUUGCUGGACAACCAGGAGAGCUAACAUUAUUCACACUGAUGGACCUAACCCAGCCAGGCGACGUAUUAACUCAGCAACUAAGUUAGUCCGGAGUUGUAGUUCAAACCCUCGCGUUUACACUAGGCAUAUUUCUUAUUUAUGUAAUAAGUUUGACUUAAUGUUCUGUGUGAUUCAUCAAUGAGCUAAUGUAACGUUAUUUGAUAGCUGUGUUUUAGUCACUGCCAGUGUCGCUAACGUUAGAUAGCAUUGGAGAGCUAUUCUUCAAACGGGCAAUAACGUUAACAAAGCUAGCAAAGACACUACAACUAGGAUAAAUCAUGACAGAUUGAUUUUGUUAAUGCACAGUCUGUUCAUUGCACGCAAGUACAGUUGGUGAGUCAAAAAAGAGGAAUUAAGUUUUUGUCAUGAGAUGAAAUUCAGGACUAAGUGAGGAUUGACUUGCCCUUGCACUGUUUUGGACCCAUAGUUAGUUAGCUUGCAGGCUAACUAGCCAACUGCCAGUCUAGUCGUCAAACAAACCAACUGGUCAAUGUAUUUUAAGUCUGUGAUAAGUAACGUUAACGUAGCUAGCGGUAGACAGCUUAGCAGUCUUGGCACAUAAGCCGGUGGAUAAAAGGACCUAAGAGGCGUAACCACAAUGCAGAACACCGCCAAUCAGUAGAAUUACGCGUUAUUGCCUUCAUCACUGGAAUAGUUGCGACCUGUCAUAACAUUUCAAAUAUGUAACGGGCUGUUUAGAAAAUAAACUCCAACAGAAGCCCACCCAUUGCUCAACGUGUUAGCUUACUGCUAGCUAACUUCAGGGGGAUGAGUCUUUUGCUUUAACGUUAGCCAACAUAACGUUUAUCAACGUGGCUUAGCUAAUAGCUUACAGCUACCUCAGUUGCAGAGUAGUGAUAUCACCCUGGAUAUUUGGACACAGUUUGUCUGAAGAAACAUCCUUGGGUUGAAAGCAAAAAUGUCGGGGGAAGUUCGUUUGAAAAAGCUGGAAAAGCUGGUCCUGGACGGCCCUGUCCAGUCCAAUGGACAGUGCUUCAGCGUGGAAACCCUUCUGGAUAUUCUUAUUUGCCUGUACGACGAAUGCUUCAACUCCCCGCUGCGAAGAGAGAAGAACAUAGCGGAAUUUAUUGAAUGGGUCAAGCCGUUCACCUCCAAAGUGAAGCAGAUGCGGCUACAUAAGGAGGACUUUGAGAUCUUGAAGGUGAUUGGCCGAGGAGCCUUUGGAGAGGUUGCCGUGGUGAAGGUGAGGAAUGCAGAUAAAGUGUUCGCCAUGAAGAUCCUCAACAAGUGGGAGAUGCUGAAGAGAGCUGAGACGGCGUGCUUUCGGGAGGAACGGGACGUGCUGGUCAACGGCGACAACCAGUGGAUCACCACGCUGCACUACGCCUUCCAGGACGACAACUUCCUGUACCUGGUGAUGGAUUACUACGUGGGCGGUGACCUGCUGACCCUGCUCAGUAAGUUCGAGGACCGUCUGCCGGAGGACAUGGCUCGCUUCUACCUGGCCGAGAUGGUGCUGGCCAUCCACUCCGUCCACCAGCUGCACUACGUCCACAGGGACAUCAAGCCAGACAACAUUCUUCUGGACGUGAACGGACACAUCCGCCUGGCAGACUUCGGCUCCUGCCUCAAACUGAUGGAGGAUGGCACGGUGCAGUCGUCUGUGGCGGUGGGCACCCCUGACUACAUCUCCCCAGAGAUCCUGCAGGCCAUGGAGGAGGGGAAGGGGCGAUAUGGGCCCGAGUGUGACUGGUGGUCGCUAGGGGUCUGCAUGUACGAGAUGCUCUAUGGGGAGACGCCUUUCUACGCAGAGUCCCUUGUGGAGACCUACGGCAAGAUCAUGAACCACAAGGAACGGUUCCAGUUCCCAGCGCAGUCGGAGGUGUCUGAGGACGCCAAGGACCUGAUCCGACGGCUGAUCUGCAGCCGAGAGCAUCGUCUGGGCCAGAACGGCCUGCAGGACUUCAAGCAGCACCCUUUCUUCACAGGCAUCGACUGGGACAACAUCCGCAACUGCGAGGCCCCCUACAUCCCCGAGGUCAGCAGUCCGUCCGACACGUCCAACUUCGACGUGGAGGACGACUGCCUCAAGAACACGGAGACCAUGCCCCCUCCCUCUCAUACUGCCUUCUCUGGACACCACCUUCCUUUUGUGGGUUUCACCUACACCAGCAACUGCACGCUGUCGGACCGCGGCUGCCUGCAGGAGUUGGGGGGCCCCGCCCCGAUGGACGUCGGGGUGCAGCGCAGCCUGGAGGAGAGCCUGGCGGUGGAGGCGUACGAGCGACGGCUGCGCAGGCUGGAGCAGGAGAAGCUGGAGCUCAGCCGCAAGCUGCAAGAGGCCACUAAGACGGUGCAGUCCCUGCAGUACUCAAGUGGAGAUGGACCCGUCAGCACCACCAAGGAGUUUGAGAUCCAUGGCCUCAAGGAGGAGAUCGAGGGCCUUAGGAAACAGAUUGCAGACUCGGGGCACCUGGAGCAGCAGCUGGAGCAGGCGGGCGCGGCGCGGCGGGACCUGGAGGAUUCGUCCCAGCGGCUGCGCUCACUCGAGAAGCAGAUCAAGAGCGUCAAGCAGGAGAGGGACGACAUACAGAAGGAGCUGGCGGAGCAGAGCGAGCGUGUGAAGUCCCAGGGCAAGGACCUGAAGGAGGCGCACAGCCAGAGGAAGCUGGCCAUGCAGGAGUUCUCGGAGAUGAGCGAGAAGCUGACCGACCUGCGCUCCACCAAGCAGCGCCUGGCCCGCCAGCUCCGCGACAAGGAGGAGGAGAUGGAGGCGCUCGGCCACAAGACCGAGGCCCUCCGCCAGGACGUGCGCAAGACCGAGAGGGCCAAGAAGGAGCUGGAAGCACAGGCUGAGGAGCAGGCUGCGGAGGCCCAGAAGGAGAAGAAGCAGAGAGAACGCAGCGAACAGUACAGCAGACAACUGGAGGAGGAGCUGGAGAUGAUGAAGCAGAAGCAGAUGGGUCGUGCUCCGAGCGCGUCGUCGCCCCCUGAGCAGCAGCAGGAGUUGGGCCGUCUCCGCGGCGACCUGGAGAAGCAGACGGUCCUGCACGAGGAGGAGCUGGCGCGGCGCGAGGCGCAGUACGCCGGCGAGCUCAAGAGCCUGAGGAAGGAGCUGCACGACACGGACGCCCAGCAGAUGGCGCUCAAGAAGGAGAUCAUGGUGCUCAAAGACAAGCUGGAGAAGACGCGCAGAGAAAGCCAAAGUGAGCGUGAGGAGUUUGAGACGGACUACAAGCAGAAGUAUGAGAGGGAGAGAGUCCUUCUCACCGAGGAGAACAAGAAGCUCUCCAGUGAACUCGACAAGUUGACAUCCCAGUAUGAGAAGCUGAGUGCGGGUAAUAAGCAGCUGGAGGAGGAGCUGAGAGAACUGGCCGACAAGAAGGAGAGUGUCGCCCACUGGGAGGCCCAGAUCACGGAGAUCAUCCAGUGGGUGAGUGAUGAGAAGGAUGCUCGCGGCUACCUGCAGGCUCUGGCCACCAAGAUGACUGAGGAGCUGGAGGGACUGAGGAGCAGCAGCCUGGGAGCCAGGGGGACGGACAUGCCGUGGAAGAUGCGUCGGCUGGCCAAGCUGGACAUGUCGGCCCGGCUGGAGCUGCAGUCCGCCCUGGACGCCGAGAUCAGAGCCAAGCAGGCCAUCCAGGACGAACUCAACAAGGUCAAGGCCGACAACAUGAGCACUGAGUGCAAACUGAAGGACUCUGAUGACAAGAAUCAGGAGCUCCAGGCUGAGAUCGAAAGGCUCAAACGUGAAACUGAGGAGCUGCGCAUGGGAAAGGGAGUAAAACACCAGGACUCUCAGAAUUCCUUCCUUGCCUUCCUGAAUGCACCUACCUCUGCGUUGGAUCAUUUUGAUAUUGACUCCAUUGAUAACUUCAGCCUGUCCAACACCCCGUCGCGUGAGGACGAUGCCAAGUCUGGCCAGCUCAUCUCACGCUCGCGCUCCCCCUCCACCACCAGCGAUGUGGAGCCCAUGGAGGGGACUGAGCGUACUGCUACCCCAACCAUGCGGUCUACGUACAGUGGGUCCAGCCUAGGACCAAAGCCGCGUGCCCAUCAGUUUGUGGUGAAGUCCUUCAACACCCCCACCAAGUGUGGCCAGUGCACCUCCCUCAUGGUGGGCCUCAUCCGGCAGGGAUGCACCUGCGAAGUGUGCAACUUCUCGUGUCAUGUGACCUGUGCGGACAAGGCCCCGGCGGUGUGUCCGAUCCCCCCUGACCAGACCAAAGGCCCUCUGGGCAUCGACCCCCAGAAGGGCAUCGGCACUGCCUACGAGGGACACGUGCGGGUUCCGAAGCCGGCGGGUGUGAAGAAGGGCUGGCAGCGAGUGCUUGCGGUGGUGUGUGACUUCAAGCUGUUCCUGUACGAGGUGGCCGAGGGCAAGGCGGCCCAGCCCAGCGUAGUGGUCAGCCAGGUCAUGGACAUGAGAGAUGAGGACUUCUGUGUCAGCUCUGUGCUGGCAUCUGACGUCAUCCACGCCAACAGGAAGGACAUCCCCUGCAUCUUCAGGGUGACGGCGUCCCAGCUGGCGUCGACGGCGGGCGGCAAGAAGUGCUCCGUGCUCCUGCUGGCCGACAGCGAAUCGGAGCGCAGCAAGUGGGUGGGGCUCCUGAGCGAGCUCCAGCGGCUGCUGCGCAAGAACAAGCUGAAGGAGCGCUCGGUGUACGCGCCCAAGGAGGCCUACGACAGCGCCCUGCCCCUCAUCAAGGGCACGCAGACCGCCACCAUCAUAGAUCAUGAACGGAUAGCUCUGGGGAAUGAAGAGGGGCUGUACGUUAUUCAUGUUACCAAAGAUGAGAUCAUCCGUGUGGGUGACAACAAGAAGGUGCACCUCAUCGAGCUCGUCCCGUCGGAGCAGCUCCUGGCCGUGGUGUCCGGCCGCAACCGGCACGUGCGUCUGAUCUCCGCCUCGGCGCUGGACGGGCGCGAGAGCGAGGCCUACAAGCUGGCGGAGACCAAGGGUUGCCAGGCGCUGUGCUGGGGUCUGAUGCGGCAGGGCGCCACGCUCAGCUGCCUGUGCGUGGCCGUCAAGCGGCAGGUCAUCGUCUACGAGCUGAUCAAGACGCGCACGCGCCAGCGCAAGAUCAAGGAGCUGCAGGCGCCCGCACCUGUCCAGUGGAUGGCGAUCAUGAGCGACAGACUCUACGUCGGCUACCAGGCGGGUUUCAUGCGUUACAGCGUCCAGGGCGACCCGUCCCCGGCGCCCCUGCUGCACCCCGACGACCACACGCUGGGGUUCAUCGGGCAGCUGGGCCUGGACGCGCUGUGCGCCGUGGAGAUCUCCACCAAGGAGAUGCUGCUCUGCUUCAGCAGCGUGGGCGUCUACGUGGACAGCCAGGGGCGGCGCUCGCGCCAGCAGGAGCUCAUGUGGCCCGCCGUGCCCUCCGCCUGCUGUUACAACGCUCCCUACCUGUCAGUGUACAGUGAGAACGCAGUGGACGUGUUUGACGUGAACACCAUGGAGUGGAUCCAGACCAUCCCUCUAAAGAAGGCUCACCCGCUGAACACAGAUGGCUCAUUGAACCUUCUGGGGUUGGAGACGGUUCGCCUCAUUUACUUUAAGAACAAGACAGCAGAGGGAGACGAGCUGGUGGUGCCAGAGACGUCGGAUAACAGCCGCAAGCAGAUGGUGCGCAGCAUGAACAACAAGAGACGCUUCUCGUUCAGAGUACCGGAGGAGGAGAGGAUACAACAGAGGAGGGAGAUGCUGAGAGACCCAGAGAUGAGAAGUAAAUUGAUCUCCAAUCCCACCAACUUCAACCACGUGGUGCACAUGGGACCAGGAGACGGCAUCCAGAUCCUCAAAGACCUGCCCAUGCCGGGCUCCCCCCUGCCCUCCCCCCGCUCCCGCCUCAUCUCCACGCCCACCAGCUUUGAGCAUGUCUAUCACAUGACCCCCCUCUCUGCCGACAACUUCCUGUCUCAAGACUCCAGCGCCCUCUCCUCUCGAUCCCCGUCCCUAAGCUCCGCCCCUGGGACUCCCGCCUCCACCUGCUCUCUGAAUGUCCGGCCCCAGGAGAGCCGGGGGGUUCUGGGAGGUUCCGUCAGCAUCCCCACCAUCGCCAAGACCCGACCGGAACCGGGGCGGUCCAUGAGUGCAAGCAGUGGUCUCGGAACGCGUUCUUCUCAGAACGGCAGUGCUCUGCGGCGGGACUUCUCCGGCGGGAGCUACGGCUCGGGGAAGCGGCAGAUGACCUCCCCCUCAGAAGGCUCGCUGUCCUCAGGGGGCGGCGGCCUAGACUGUGGGGGGGACGCUCCCAUUUCCCAGUUUGACCGUGACGAUUCGGACUCCCCGCGCCACUCGACGGCCUCCAACAGCUCCAACCUGAGCAGCCCCCCCAGCCCUGCCUCCCCCCACAAGCCCAAGUCCCUCUCCCUGGAGAGCAGCGAGCGCAUGGGGUGGGAGACAUGAGUCCCCCCCUCUCCUCGCCAAACCUCCAAACUGACCCCCCCACACACACCCCAUCCAUCCCCCAGAGCUGGGGACUCUGUCACUUUGCGCUGCCCUCACCCCCCCCCCCCUCCAUCAGGCUUCUCUGCUGGGCCUGUGUUCCACUGACCGCUUGGAGGACCUCCGUAUCCCACAAUACCCCUCUUAAUGCUUCGGCCACACGCGGCAGACUGGGCACCCCGAAAAGGACUGAGCACCCUGAAAGACUUUAUGCCCCAGAAGACCGAAGUCUCUGGGAGUGUGUGUGUGUGUGUGUUUCCCCCUGCCUGAUGCACUUGGUUAAUCAGGCUGGGCUGUGUGUGUGUGUGUGUGCGUGCGUGUGUGCGCUUGCUUGUGUGUGUGUGUGUGUGUGUGUGAGAGAGAACAUGUGUUUCAAGGGUUUACUUGCACAGAUGGAUGUGCAACCCCAUUCGACCCCUUGCAAAAAAAGAAGAAGAAGAAGAAAACUACAUUUAAAAAAACAGCCUUGAUGAGUCACCACUGUUUGCCUGCCUGUGGACAGAAGAGGCUCUGGUCGCUGCAAUGGCCAGUGGCGCCCCUCACUAGCCUCCCGUCGCUAACGCUAACUACUCAAACCCCCCCAUAUGAGGGGGUUGAUGGUUUUACACACUGACAGGAGACCGAAAAACAUAACCAGGGGCUGAGGGGAUGACCAUCUCCUCCAUGAAUCCUGUCAGAGAGGCCUCUUCCCAUCUAACCUUCUCCUCUCUGUGUUUUGAGUGAGUGAGCGAGUGAGCGAAGAAACACUGACUGAAAGGCAAAAAAAAAAAAAAAAAAACGUUAAGGUUCUCAGCUGAGAAAAAAAACAAAACUUAAAGCUUUCAUUAAGAACACUAAAUUUGGACCUGGUCUCGACUUUUGCUUCUAUCCUCAGGUGAGAUGCAUACACACACUUACACACACACACACACAAACACACACACACACACACACACACACACACACCUGUGUGUGAUACCUGUAAGUGUGCAGGUGUGUCUCACCUGUAGGCACGGCGGAGCUUGGACGUGUAUAUAGCGUGUGUUUAGAGGAUAAUAUAUUAGCACAGGAAACACUACCCGCAGUGGGAGAGAUCACUGGCGGAUGUCACAGCUAGCUUCUCAUUUGACUUUUUGUGUCAAACGGUUGGAAGUUCCAUCAACACCUGAUGUAAUGAGUGUUUUUUUUUUUUUUUUAAAUAAUUAUUAUUAUUAUUAUUAUUAUUAUUUUUAUUCUUUAAUUUUAUUAUAGGUUGUUAAUCUUCAAGCUCGAGUACACAACCCAUUAGCUAAAGCUGGAUCAGUUAAACAGGAUUUGGCACAGCAUCGAAGAAAAAAAAAAGAAUAUGCUAUUUUAACCAAUUUGGCACAUGUAUGCUGAUUAUCACAAACACACACACACACACACACACACACAAUCACUUGUCCUGUGCAGAAUGUAUUUUGCAGCCUUUUCCCCUUGCUUUGGUUUGCCCUUUCUGAAGCAAUAACGCUAUCUCCAAAGAUGUUAAGUGAGAUCACUACUUAUUUUUAAACUGUUAUUUACAUGUUUCAGUGCUACAUUUUUUGUUUUGUUAUUACAUUAAGUGUGUUUACUAUGAUUGUUUGUUUUUGAGCACCCCACAAGUCAUGAAAACAGAUACCAAAACAUGUUUGAUAUGAUUUAUAUUCAUGUUAUGAAUAAUUUAACCCUGUGAAUUGUUUUCAUUUGUGUCUGAACACUUGAGUUGCUAUUCAUUUGACUGCAUGGGUCACAACGAUUUCUAAGAUCCACCUAGCCACUUCAGUGCACACGGUGCACACCACAUUAACACACACACACACACACACACACACACUCUAGAGUAUACUAGUUUACCACAAAGGUGUGCCGCACCGAGUAUGUGUACCUACAAUGUGCAUAGAGAUGCAUUAUAAUAUUUCAGUGUUAUUUUUGCCUUAUGUGGCUAAUCACUUUGGGACUGGAAGCAGACUGAGCGGAGCUAGGGCCAGGGAUUCAGGAGACGGCAGCCGGUUCUAGAGCGGAACCCUGAACGGGUCCGCUCUGAAGUCUGCCGCCGUCGGGCCGUUUCACGAGCCCCGUGUCCGUCUCCCUGGAUACUAGCACUUAGAGAGGCACGCCACUAUUACUUUUGACCACAGCAUUUAACUACACACCACUGCAGCUGAUCGGCUGACCUUCCGUACUUUUUUUGUCGUCAUUCCAUUUUUUUCACUACAUUCUGGAAUGGUAAGGGACUCACCAUGGCAACUAGUUAUUCCAUAUUUUAUAUGACCUGAAAUCUUUCACAUUCUGACUAUUAGUGAAGCUGAGCUUGGCAGUUUCCAAAUGCAACUUUGUAUCCUUUGACGUGUUGGGGCCUGAAAAGCACAAGCUUGUGUAAGUGGACCAGUUUGGCCAAGUUCAGUAAACAGGUUGUGAAGAACUCAUUUAAAAUAAAAAGAAAAAAGAAAAAGAAAAUAAAAAAACAACAUGGAGUAAUGUAAUCCAUGUGUAGUCUUGCGCAUCGCUGCCUAUUUUUCCUGCGGCGGCGCCAGCAUUUCAAAACAGCACAGCCUCAGAUGGCGCUCAGCCUCCUCGGGGCUGUGUCCUGUGGAUGGGUUCCAAUGCAAAGAGCUGUAUGAAUUCUCGCUAGCAGAGACCAAGGUCAAGAGUUCAGACAGGUGAAACGUGGGUAGGGUAGAAAUACAUUAGCCUGCCGCACUGCUGUACCGCAGGCAACACAUUCCCCUUGUGUUGGCUCAUCUUGUGCUCUGCGGUGCCUGUGUCUUCUGUCUCCAGUCCAAACCCCAUGGUGCAUGUGUGUGUUUGCUUGAGUGCCUGGGUUCCUCCUAGUGUUUUCAAUGCACUGAUGUUUUACACUAGAGCUGUAUGAGAAGCAUUUCAAAGACACUAUGAACCCCCCCCCCCCUCCCCCUCGCGUUUCCGAACAUUUCAUAUCUUAAAAGUCUGAAGGUCACCCCGGCGCCCAACCCAACCCAACCCCAUACCCCCCCCCCCCCCCAACUCAUCCGUACUCAACCGUAAACUAGAAUCAGAAUUCUCUUGAACGUUUUGUCACAAACGUUGUCUUGACGUUGGAGUGUUAUUGAAUCUCGAUAGGUGCCGCUCAUAUUGAUCUGAACGGCAUAAGAGAUUAUGUCACUUCCUCCCACUCUCUCCCUCUUGUGUUGAGAUGAGCUCUGUGCGAUGGGCCUCCUCUGUAGGGCUGACUGACCCAAUUGGUUUGGGUCAAGCCGAAGUUAUGAAAUCGCUAAUAGUGAUGUUGAUGAUAUUGAUGAUGAUGAUGAUGACGAUGAUGACGAUGAUGAUUAUAAACUCAGGUAUGUGAAAACCAAUGAUUUAUUUUUAAAAGCGAAGAGCAAGAGGAGAGAGGAUGAGCUUACGGAAUUAGCGACGUCUCGACCGUUGUCGGUCGUGGCUGUUAAAUAGCAGCGACUAGCGCUUUUGGGUUAAAGUGAGUUGGAAUGAUUUCUGAGGGCAAUGGGAAGUAUGUGAGUAGAAGCAGAGACACUAGAAGACAGUCCCCAGAUGACUGCGGACUAUGGAACAGGCCAGGCCCAGGCCCGUGCCGAAUCCGUUAAAGUCUCAGCUGCGCCCUGGGUUAUGGGCUGAGCCACUAGGUGGCAGUAAAGGGUUUCAGACAGACAACACACACAUUAGCAUUUCAGCGAGGUGUUUAAUUUGCCUUUGGGUGACAUGCUAUUUCAUAUCAUUUUUUUUUUUUUUUUUUAGAUUUUUCUUUUGUUUGUUUGUUUGUUUUUUGUAUGUGAGAAUAUGUACAGUUUUGCAUGUCAUAGGUGUAAUCACUUGUUUUUAGGACAAAAAGCUGGAUUUUCCACCUUCUGUUUAUUAUUAUUAAUAUUAUUAUUAUUAAUAUUAUUAUUAUUAUAUUGAGUUGAUUUGAUUGUGUUUUGAAUGGUUGGCAAGUGAAAACGGACAGCCCACUACAACGAUGUAGAUUCUUUUGUUUUCCUUUGCACAGAAAUAUUUAAGGUGGAAUGUUUUAAGACUUUGGUGUAUGGGACGGGCCACCUCCAUUCUUUCAUGUGGAAAAAAAAGCAUAAUAACCUGACUUUGGCAUAUUUCAAUAAAAUGGGGAACUGUU